AUGCAGGUCCGUAAGGGUUCGGCCCGCGGGAGCCCACAUGCCUUUAUUUUUACCUUCCUUGUCCUCUUCCUCGCGUUUCAUCCUGCACUCUGCAGGCCCGGCUACGGCGCCAUCUCGAAACGCGACACGGCCACCAGCAACCAGGAGGGCGGCAUCGGCCCAGCUGCCAUACCUGGGCAGAGCGAAGCCGAGAGCCCCAUCCCCGGGCUCGAGGUCUCCCUCACCCAGGUCAAGACGCCCUCCUCCUCCCCGCCGGUCGUCACCGUCACCGUCACCAACAGGAACAGCUUCCCCGUGACGCUGCUGACGUACGACUCGCCAGUCGACAGGGCCGCCCUGCGGCUGGGCAUCGUGCUCGUGACGCCGGAGGGGGCCGCGGGGCCCCUGGAGCUGCCGCGGAUCCAGUUCCGGCGGGUCUGGCCUCCCGGGCCGGAGCAGCUCGUCACACUCGCGCCGGGGGCGCGGACGAGCAGCGAGAUUGAGUUUGACGACGGGAUCUUCGAUGAUCCGGCGCAGCUGAGGGGGGCCAAGGUGGUGGUGAAGGGGAGGUGGAAGGCGGUUUGGAAAAUGGUGAAGGAGGAUAUUGGACGGGCGUCGUUGGAUGAUCCGGAUGGGAAUCCGGAUGCGUAUCAGGGAGAGUUUCAGAGUGAUGAGUUGGUGAUGGUUGUUUAG